AAAAAAGUUAAAAGGUUUAUUUAUACAUUCAAUUUAAAACAUAUAAACUUAUUUUUUCAAAAGAAAAAUUUCUAUAUAAGGACACACGACGUUGUUGUCAAUUAAGAAAAAAAUAGCAUCCGAUAAACACACCAACUUAUUAUUAAUUCAAUGGAUGCCUUCAAAAUAAGCAUCAAAAUAACGUUCUGAAAUAUGGUAAUGAAUAUUUAAACGAAUAUCAAAUUUCUUUUCACUCUUCGCAAUUGAAAAAUGACUUCAAGUUAUAAAAAGCAGCUUCUUUAUAUAUGCUAUCAUUACUUGACAAAUAAUGUAAAUAAAAAAAAAGUGUGAUUCAUUUAAACUAUGAAUUUAUAUGAGAUAAUGUUGCUGUAACCGCUAUCUACAAAAAGAUUUUAAUGAAAAAUUACAGGUGUAUUUUUUAAUGAUACCAAGUUUAGCAAAAUUUCACAAAAAGUUCUUUAAUCAGUAAUGCCCUUACCAUAUAUAUUUUUUAUUGUUUCUAUCUAUAAUGAGGUUUAUGGUAGUAUAGAAGAUUUGCCUCUAAUAUACCGUGGAGCAUGUAUAAGCAAUCCUUGUUUAAAUAAUGGUUUGUGCACCAUAACUCCAAAUGGUUUUCUUUGUACAUGUGUUGGUGGCUACAUAGGUGUCCAAUGUGAGAAACGUGCAGACGAGUGUCCUGAUGAUAACAGAGUUUCCUGUGAGCAUGGUGAUUGUCGUCUUGAUUUAAGUGCUCAACCAAGAUGCAUGUGCAAUGAUGGUUAUCAAGGUUUAAACUGUGAUGAAAAAAUUGACAGUUGCAUCUCAAACCCAUGUUUUAACAAUGGGACAUGUAUAAGUAAAACAAUUGGCUAUGAGUGCCAAUGUCUUUCAGAUACUUAUGGAGUUCAGUGUCAAAUUAAAAAAGAAAAUAUUUUAAAAUGUGUUUCAUCUUGUGAUGGUUUUGCUAAUGAUGGCAGAUGCUGGCAUGAAACCGCAAAAGAUGUUAUUGUGGGCUGGGGAUAUGGUGAUUAUAUAUGCAAUACUAAAAAAACCUGUUUUAAUCUCUCAUCUAGUACAUCUGAUAAGCAUGAUUAUAUUGAAGUUCAACUGAAACCUAUUCACAUGCAGAAUUCAGAUGAAUUAGUAUUUGUUACAGAUAUUGAUUCUGAGCUCUAUGGAUAUAAUUUUAUCCCUCAUAUACUACCAUUAGAGACUGAUUCAGAACUAGCUUUUAAAAGUUGUAAUAUUACAAAUGCUCAGCCAAUAACAAAUAUUCAAAAUGUUAACUCUAAAUUAAAUGUAAAUGCAAGUCUUCUUGUAAUUGGAACACAGUAUUUUAUUGCAGAUUUUAAUGAAAUUCAUAGAUGUGUUUUAGGCCUACGGCUAAAUGUCACGGUUAAAGAUAAAGAUUGUCACGAUCCUUCAAAUUUAACAGGAUUAAUGUGCAAUGGCAGAGGAAAAUGUUAUAGUGAUUUUAAUAUGAGGUCAUUUGAGUGCUUGUGCUGUGAGGGAUUUGUUGGAAAAUAUUGUCAGUAUGAAGAUCUAUGUUUCACAAAUCCGUGCAAACAUGGAGUGUGCAAGCUGGAAGAAGAUGAAGAUGGUAUUGUGACUCACCAGUGCGAAUGUGAUGAGGGUUUUGAUGGUGCCACUUGCAAUCAACGAACAAAUGCGUGUGAAAGUAAUCCAUGUUUGAAUAAUGGAUGGUGCAUUGAACAAGGAAGUCGUUAUAAAUGUCAAUGUUUAAAUGGAUAUUCAGGAGUGCAUUGUGAAAAAAAGUUUGAUUACUGUUUAUCAAGACCAUGUUUGAAUGGUGGUAGUUGUAAAAAUGGGCUUAAAGACUUUCACUGUGACUGUUUACCAGGAUACAAAGGUACAAUUUGCGAAAUUAAUAUUGAUGAAUGCGCAGCUUCACCAUGUCUAAAAGGUACUUGCCUUGAUACAAUAAAUAACUUCACUUGUGCAUGCAUAGCUGGCUAUGUUGGUAGACUUUGUGAUGUAGUUCUAAAUGAAUGCAGUUCUAGUUUUUGUGAAAAUGGUGUUUGUGUUAAACAAAAUGAAGAAUAUUCUUGUAGCUGUGGAAUUGGUUACACUGGUAUGCAUUGUGAGCUUAAAGUUGAUUUGUGUACAUUUUCAAACUUUUGCAUUAAGAAUAAUGCUGAUUCUUGCGAAGAUCAUGGUUCAAAUGUUUCUUGUGUUUGUAAAAGCGGUUGGUCUGGUAGUAACUGUGGAAUAAAUUUUGAUGAUUGUUUAAACAAUAAGUGUACGAAUGGUGCAAGAUGUGUUGAUAAACUCAAUGGUUAUGAUUGCCAUUGUCCCUAUGGAUUCACUGGAAUGUUUUGCGAAAUUGGUCCACCCAAACAAAAUACAGACAUUAUUAUUGAAUUUACUACUGACUCAUGUCAAAUGUUACUGAAUGAUCUCAAUCAUGUAACAGUCAAUACAUUUAAUAUACUUGGAAAUUUAUGUAAAUGCAAUACUGAUAAUGAUUUAUUGUUACAAGAAAGUAAAGUCCUAUGCAAAGAUGAGACUUCUGGAAUAUUUAAAGCUACCUUAAAAAUUAAUAAUUUACAAUGGGAAAAAAACAUCAUUUGUUCAUUGCAAAAAAGUUUGCAGAAAAAGGAAAAACAUUUAAUAUAUAACAACACAUAUAUACAUUCAGUUUUGAACUCCAAUGAGAAAUGUAUUGACUUGUAUGUAGAAGCGAAUAUGGCAAGGAAAGUUGGUUCAGCAGAUAAUUCAAAUAAUACUAUUGGUGUGGUGGUAGGAAUAUUGGUUGGUUUAUCAAUAUUUAUUUUUUCAUUGUUUAUUUGGUGUGUUAAAUUGAGGAACAAUCGAAUGAAAGUUGGCACUUUGCACAAGUUUCAAAAGGAAGAUAUUACUUUUGACAACCCUGCGUACGCCGGAGAAACCUAUAAUGAAAACGAAACCAUUUGUGAGUGCUGCGAAUCAACUGAUUUCCAAGAAACAAAAUGGGCUCACAAAUACGACAGUUCGCGUAAGUUAUUUUUAAGAGAAAGAUCUGUUCCCGCUGGUCGCUUGUUUGAUCUGCAUACAAAAGAUGAAAAUUAAUCAAUUAAAGUCUAAUUCUUCAGAAUAAAGAGAUCAAAGCGCUGUGGGACAGAAAAUGGGAUUAUCGCUUUCCUGUAAAUAGACUUUAGUUUUAUAAGUUAGGCAAUUUAAAAUUUUUGAAUCAUGUUACAUAAGUUACAAUAGUCAUUUUUUUUGCAGUUUUGAGUAAAUAAAAUUAAUUGAUGAAA